AUGCGUAGCCGUUCCCCUACUUUCGAAGAGAAAGACCUCGAGCUCUUCGACGAAGGGGCAUGGUUUGGCAUGAACAGUGAUGAAGGUGCGGCUCUUUUGGGAACUCCGAAUGGUCAGGGUGUGGGACAGUUACUUGCAACGCACAAGAGUCAGCUUGGAGACAAGACGAUAAAAGGGGUCACGGUGUAUACACCGGAGAUCCCGAAAGGUGGCUACGCUCUCCUGUUUGAUUUCGGGGACGGACCGGACAAGGCGCAGAUGAGGUACCUGGGCAUGGAAGAAUGA